AUGCUCGCCGCGGCCUCCGCCACCGCCAUGCCUGCAUCUCCCCCCACGCCUGCCCAAACCCCCCUCGCCUCUGCACCUGAAAGCACCAUCCCCUCCUCCUCAGCCGAUGCGGACACCCACCCCACUGCCGCGCUUGAGCCCGCUGCUCCCACGACAGCCUGUCAGAGCGACAACAGGCAUCCAGCAGCAGCAGCAGCUGGCGCGGAGGCUGCGCAAAAUCAGCAGCAUCACCUGAUGAUCUCUUUCUCUCGAAGCUCUAGUUCUCCGCCCUUCAACUCUCCGCACUCCGGGGCUGCUUCACUGUCCGGUCUCACGGGCGACAGAAGCUACCCCUCCUCCGGUCCCUCUGAAUUCUCCCUUGAUCCUGCUGGGCUCUCCUGCAGGGCUGCGCGCACCUCCUCUCCUCCGCCCUCUCCUGCACACGUGCAGCAGCAGCACCAGCUGCUGCAGGAGCAUAAGGAGCAGCAGAAGGAGCAUCAUAAUCAACGUCAUCAAAUUAAUGAGCAGAAGCAGGAGAAGGAGGAGGAGGAGGAGGAGGAGGAGGAGGAGGAGGAGGAGGAGGAGGAGGAGGAGGAGGAGGAGGAGGAGGAGGAGGAGGAGGAGGAGGGUCAGGAGGAGGACAUGAAGCAGGCAAUAGCUCAGCAGCGGCAUCAAACGCAUGAGGAGGAACAUCAAGAUCAGGCGAAGCAGCAGGAGGAAGACAAGGCGAGGGCCGUGAUAGCGCAGCAGUGGCAGCUGUUAGAGGAAGCGAUGCAGCCGCCCCAGGUGGUUCAGCAGACAAGGAAGCGACAGCUGUACGACGCAGAGCACAAGGCGCUCAGCUCCCGCAGCAAGGCUCCUCCCAGGCCCAUGGUGCAUGAUGAGGCAAACCAGAGGAUAGCACUGGCUUCCCCUUGCCCCAUGGUGCAUGACCAUGCCCCGCCUCAGAGCAUAGCAAUGGCUCCUGGGACUAUGGAGCAACAUUCUUUGGCCAUGGUAGCAGACGAGGCCCCUGCACCCACGGGUUGCCUUCAGGCUUCCCAUUGGAUGGCUGUUGCUCCUGCACCCCUGGCGCAAGCACACCUGGCGCAAGCACCCCUGGCGCAAGCACCCCUGGUGCAAGUACCCCUGGUACAAGCACCCCUGGUACAACAACCUCUGGUGCAAGCACCCAUGGCGCAGCGCUCAUCUCGGCAGGGGUCACAGGUGCAGCUGCUUCAGAUGCCAUCCAUGCAGCGCCUGUGCCAGGAACUCCAUGCGAGAGGGCAUCCGCAGCAGCAAAGGGAUUCGCCUGGGAGCUCGGAUAAAGCUGGCUCGCAUGAUUCGAUUGACAUCUGUGGUCUGGAUGAGGAGGCCGAGACGUGCAAGCAAGUGGGAGAGAAGCUGGAUGGGCCCUCAUUAUUGGAUGGCCCCUCGUUAUUGGAUGGCCUAUCACCAUUGGAUAGGUCCCCACCGUUGGAUGGCCCCUCAUCGCUCGGUGGAUCCUCACCAUUGGAUGGGCCCUCAUCAUUGGGUGGAUCCUCACCAUUGAAUGGGCCCGCAUCGUUGGAUGGAUCCUCACCCUUGGAUGGGCCCACAAUUCUUCAAAUGUGUGCCUACAACGAAGGCAAGGGGGCUCAAGAUGAAGUGGAUAGAAAUUGUCGACCCCCGUCAUCUGAUCCUGACCCCCCUCACCUAAUCCUGAUCCCCCUCACCUCACCCCCCUCCCCUCAUCCCUCUCCCCUCAUCCCUCCCCCCUCAUCCCCCUCCCCUCAUCCCCCUCACCUCAUCCCCUCUCCUCAUCCCCCUCCUCUCAUCCCAUCCACCUCCCCUCAUCUCCCUCCCCUCAUCCCCCUCACCGCAUUACCUCCCCUCAACUCACUACAGCCUAUCUACUAA